AUGCAUGUGCAUAUAUACAUGUAUGCACAUGUACACGUACACACUCGUGUGUGUGUGCAUAUAUAUAUAUAUAUAUAUAUAUAUAUAUAUAUAAAUAUAUAUAAAGGAAUAUAUAUAUAUUCUUAUGUGCGUGUGUGUGUGCACAUGGAGAGCUUCGAGAGCAGGUCCACGCCGCCCUCUUCUGUGCCCUCUGUACCCACACGGUCUCUGGUGCACAAGAGCUGCUCCACCCAAAGCUUCCACCGUGCCCGCAAAUCACCUGGGAUCCGAGGAUGGAACAUCGGAACCAAACCAGUGGACAUCAACUACUGCCGCAGAGAUGACCCAAAGAGGUCCAACCUCUGCUUCCACCCCCGUCCCAGCUGGCGGGGCUGGAUGUGGGCAGAGGUGGGGUCCGGACCCGGGGGCGUGCGCCUGGGGCUCAAGCUAGCACAGCAGCCCCCCGCCCCCAGCACUCCCCUCCUCAUGCCCGCGGGCAGCGUGCCCUACCUGGCGGCCGGGUUUCGCAUCCUGCACUGCAGCUGUGGGUGGCCUGACGAGAACGGCCGUGCCGACAAACCCGUGGAGUCAGAGGCGUCAGGGAACGCGGCUUCCGGGGGCAGCUGGCUGCGGCCGGCGGCUCUGCGCCGUCUGGACGCGUGA